AUCUGAUUACCUCCCCUUUUUGUAUAGUAAAAAUGUGCUUUAUAAGUUUCUUUAAAGACCUCAGCUUAACCUUUAAGCAUAAAAUGUAUACAUCCUGCGUUGCUACAAGAGGGGAAAAAAUGUUGUCAGACCUGAAAAACUCAGCAUGUGUUCGGUUUAAUCGUACACGCACAAAGAGAAAAACUAACCACAAGGAUAGUUUUUCUCCAGGGCAUGGAGGAUUCCAUUAGCUGCCUACAUACAGUACAUGUCCACACAAGUCUGUUUCCAUGUGCUACACGUCUUGUUUCAUUUUCACUCCUAAUAAACCUCCGGAUCCGCCAGGGGGCACUGUUCGAAAAAAGUUAGCGGACUAUAUUUCCAUCAGGAACGCGGAAAAGGACUCUGUACAAGGUGGAGAAACUCGGUGUCCGUUGGGGGUGCUCUGAAUAAUCGUUUCACGGACAUUUACCUCAGUUAGAGGCGGAUAUCUGUGUUGAACAGAGACAGCUGAGCUCUCCCGGGCGUGUUGUUCACUGGACCUGCGGUGUAGAAAGCAAAAGUAAAAGUGCUGCCUGGGAUCAUGGCGGAGAACAUGGACGAAGGCAUGCCCGAGGAGCCCCUUCCCAUCCAGCAGGACCUGACCUGCCCCGUGUGCCAGUGCAUCUUCCAGGACCCGGUGCUGCUGCCCUGCUCGCACAGCUUCUGCCGGGAGUGCCUGCGCCGGAGCCUGGAGGUGAGCCGCCGGUGCCCCGUGUGCCGGGAGCCCUUCGAGGGCACGCAGGCCAUCAGCAACCGCUCCCUCCGGGACACCGCCGAGAGCUUCCUCAAGCAGGCGGACUGGAGGCCCAAGCAGAGCCGGCCGGGCACGGAAAUGUGCAACCUGCACCUGAAGCCCCUGGAGCUGUUCUGCGAGAAGGACGAGGAGCUGGUGUGCGUGGACUGCGUGACGCUCCACGUCUCGCACACCCUGAAGCCCGUGAAAGAGGGCGCGCCCAUCUGCAAGAAGUAUCUUGGCGACAAAGUCCAGAUAUUUGAGAAGAAAUUGAAAAAAUACAAAAAAACGAGUCAGAGUUUCAAAAGCGCAUUGGAGUACAUCGAGCAUCAGGCCGAGGAAGCAGAGAAGCAGAUCAAGGCGGAGAUCGACCGUCUCCGGCAGGUGCUUCUAAAAGAAGAAGCUCUGCGUCUGAAAGCGCUGGCUAAUGAGAAGGAGGAGAAGAUGGCAAAUAUGCAGGAACUGAUCAGCCAAACCGACAUUGAACUCACCGACCUGAAUGAUCUCAUUGACACUCUGAAGAAAGAAAUGGGCCGCGAGGAUCUGCCGUUUUUACGGAAUUUCAAGGAAGUGAAUGCAAAAGCCGUGUGGACAGAGCUGGAUCCCAGCUUUUGUUUCAGGGCCCUCCUGGAUGUGAGCAAACACGUUGGUAGCUUGGGCUUCAAAGUGUGGAAGAACAUGCAGGCCCAUGUCAGAUAUUAUCCAGUGUUGUUCGACCCGAACACGGCCUCUCCGUGGCUCUCCUUGAACGCGGACUACACCAGCGUGAAAGAGAGCGCCGAGCGGCUGAGCGUCCCCGACAGCCAGGAGCGCUUUGACCCCUGCGUCUUCAUCCUGGGUGCUCAAAGCUACAGCUCUGGCAAACACAAGUGGGACAUCAACGUCGGCGACAACCCCAAAUGGAUCGUGGGAGUUUGCAACGAAACGGUGAUCCGUAAAAAGAAGUUCACGGUCUCGCCUGCCAGAGGCGUGUGGGCCAUAGGGCUGAGUAAAGGAGUGUACAGCGUCCACAACAAGGAGCGCACCGAGCUGCAGGUCCAGCAGCGUCCGGAGAAUAUUCGCAUCAAGCUAAAUUUAGAUAAGGGAGAGGUGUCAUUUUGGGAUGGCGGGAGGGCCAAGCACCUGGUCACUCUUACACACAAGUUUGAAGAGAGGAUUUUUCCAAUUUUUGGCCCUGGGCUACAUACUAGUCCAGUGUCUCUGGUUCCUGGAAAAAUAGCUGUGCACACAUCUUAAGAGGUGGAAAUGUUGAGUAUUGCUUUAGGAUUAAAAAGGUCAAAAAGAGAAAUGCAUUUUCCUCAAAUAAAAGGCCUUUUAAAGGCGCGCUCAGCUCAACAACUGAACAGGAGUUGUUUACACACAUGUGAAGCAAAUACUAAAAGAUCCAAAUGUGCAAAUGAAUUCAGAUUUUCAAAAAAAUGCUGGCGAUGACUUUAGGAUUGAGGUCAGGUUUUGGAUACAUGUCAGAACACUGUCCUGGUUGCGUAUUGGAGUAAAAAAAUUUCAAACUUAACUGUAGAAUAUGCAACCGAUGAAUACAUUUGAGAUUAAUUGUGCCUAAUUGCUUAAUUGUGCUAAUAGUGUGUUUGGGGAAUGCCUUUGGAGGCCUGCAUCAGCUCUUUCAGGGUCAGCACGGUGAAGACCGUUUGCCUGUGUGCCUUUACUAUGGGAACUGAUUAAGCCAAUCUUUUUUCACUUUAUGACGUGGAGACAAAUCAUACAAAUCGUUGUAAUAUUAAUAUAAAAAAAUAGAUCAUAGAAGGUCCCUUGUGGCCCUUAGAUUUUUGCCUUAAUUAAAAAAAUUUGCAUGUGACAACCAAAAGGUUUAUUUUGAACUUAAUGAAUGUGGAGUCAGGGAUUAUUUGGGGAUAUUUUUGCUUUUUAUAUUUUCAAGGACUUGCAUUAUAAAUGGUCUCUAUGAUUUAAAGAAAUGUGAUUUUCUCAAUUUCUUCAUUGGUUUAACACAGUUCUGCUCAUUUUUAUUUCUUUUUUUAUGUAGGAUUUUCUACAAAGGCUCCAAAUGUGUUUAUCAAGAAACGCUUCUUCAGCCAAAUAAAAUGUUUGUGUUGUAUUUUGACCUAUGUUGACUGUUCAUUUAAAUUUUUGGCGAAAAAAUGCCUC